AGCGUUUGACUCAGUGGUGGAAGGGGAUCCAGGAUUCCACUUGUCAGUUAUUCGCGAAAUCAAGUGCAUCCCCUCAGCUAAAAUGUCAAAGUUGGACCAAGUCCUUAUCCUUGACCCUCCCUCCGACCUCAGAUUUAAAGGUCCUUUCACAGAUGUAGUCACCACCAACCUCAAACUGAAGAACCCUUCUGACAGAAGAGUGUGUUUUAAAGUGAAGACAACAGCGCCGCGCAGGUACUGUGUACGGCCAAAUAGUGGUGUCAUUGAUGCCGGAGCAGCUGUCAACAUCUCUGUCAUGCUACAGCCCUUUGACUAUGACCCCAAUGAGAAAAGCAAACAUAAAUUCAUGGUGCAGACGAUUUUUGCUCCACCAAAUGUUUCUGAUAUGGAUUCAUUGUGGAAAGAUGCAAAACCCGACGAUCUAAUGGAUUCGAAAUUGAGAUGUGUCUUCGAGCUGCCUUCUGAAAACGAUAAAGUGAAUGAUGUGGAGGCGACCAAAGCUGCCCCGAUGAUGAACUCCGUGAAGCCUGAGGCAACAGCUGCCGCGGUACCUGUCGCUGCCUCACUGGACGAUACAGAGAUUAAGAAAGUGCUGGAGAAGUGCAAGAGGCUGCAAUCUGAGAUGAACAAGCUGGCUGAGGAGAAUCGGCAAUUAAAGGUUAGAUGGGUUGACAGAUGCAGCAUUUACAUUUCUAAU